CCGUAUAAAAUGCUAGUUAUGUUUGACCAAGUUAUAACUACGGCAUCUUGUAUUCGGGAGGAAUCUAGUCGUUCGGGGUCUCUUUAGGUAUAGGGAGGAUGGUCGGGAGGCUGGCCACCGCGCCUGGAUUUGCCGCAUCUUGCGGUGGGGGCUGCGGUUCGAAAAACACGCACUGUGUUUUGGGAUUUGCUAACUAGACAUAUAGCCUGGAGGAAGCCAAGAGCGGCCGUUAUCAAGUCUCGAAAACGGAUGCAGACCAUGCACCUCGGAGAUGACGAUUCUGGCAGCUCCUCCGAUGACGAGCUCAUUACACCUGACAAUGAUACGGAGGAAAAGAUCCUUCCCAAGAAACAAGCUCUCCAACAACUUGAGCAGCUAAAAUCGAAGAGAAAUGAAAUGCGGAACGAAAGGGGUAGACUCUCAAAAGCUCUGAAGCCUCUUUGCAAGUCAACCAAGGAACUACAAAAGGAAACAAAACAUUUGAAGUUUCAGUCUAAGCGUGCGUGUGUCAAGUCACGAGAUGAAUACACCAGGGCAGCCAUGAGGAGGCAGUUUGUGGAUGGUAUUCACGAGCGCGAUAUCGAAACCCAGGCUCUAGCGGAGAAGGAUGGAAUCGACUUCGAAGUGCGAGAUUAUCACAAAAUGGCCAACAGCUUGAGAGUGUUCUGUGUCUCAUCGAAAACUUAUCAACUAAUGUCGGGCCGUCUUGACAAGGACGACCCUAUUUCCGGGUUUGCGGAUUUUGAAGAUACCGAAAUCCCGGAACUCCGGCGACAUGGAUUGGAGACAACCCGUACGGCGUGCGUGGAAGCGUACCAAAGGUUCUUGAGAGAGCUCAGCCAUAUUUUGGCUUCUGUAAGAGAAGGCAGGUACGCCUGAUCAAGGUGGUCACAAUGGGAGCAACAAGCAGGGCGAGCAAUGACUAGUAUUGGCGUAAGACUUCAACCUGGCC